AACUGCGAAGGGAAGUCAAAAAGCGUGGAAUUGGUGCGGUUGCGUUAAGACUGGUUAUCGCUCAGCUGUCAGUUUUCCGUAUACUGCCGACCGCAGCAGUUGAAAAUCGUGUUUCGAGCGCGCUAUACGCAAACGCUUACAAGUCAUAUAUAUAUACAAGGCGCCAGCAAGUGGCAGAGUGGGAAGUGAAGUGAAGAAAAAGUUUUAAUAAACGGGAAAAACAAAUUGUUGACGCAGAAAGUACCAGCAACAAUUGAAAACAAGACACGCCUUCAUUUUUUUCGAACAACGUGAACUGCCAACGCCGCACACACACACACGCCGCCCCAACUGACACACAUACAAACACUUAAUAGACACAUAUCAGCACCAGUAUGUCAUCGCCACUGCCAGCCAUCGAUAUCGAUCAACCCAAAUAUGACCAGAGCACAUACAUCAAUCGUGCCAAGCACUUCUUCCUGCUCACCAAUCCGCUGAAUCUCUUGGCCACCAAUGAGGAGUUGGAACGCGCCAAGCGCAUCGUACACAGUUAUCGCGCCGGCAAACCGGUGCAGGAAUGCGGCAGCGUUGAGGAGCUAUGGCGCGCCAAGUACCUGUACGAUUCGGCCUUCCAUCCGGAGACGGGCGAGAAGUCGCUGAUCAUUGGCCGCAUGUCGGCACAAGUGCCAAUGAACACGCUGAUUACGGGAUGUAUGCUGUCGUUCUACAAGACCACACCAGCAGUCGUCUUCUGGCAAUGGGUCAAUCAAACGUUCAAUGCUGUUGUCAACUAUACAAAUCGCUCUGGUUCAACACCCAUCUCCAAAGAGCAAUUGCUUACUUCAUAUGUAUUGGCCACUGGUGGCGCGUUGACCACAGCACUAUCCCUCAAUCGGCUAGUGAAGAACUUGAACCCGCUAAUUGGCCGUUUAGUGCCCUUGGCGGCUGUGGCCGCAGCUAAUUGCAUCAAUGUGCCCAUGAUGCGCAUGCAAGAGUUGAAGAACGGCGUCACUUUGCUGGACGAAAAGAACACUGAGUUGGGCGUGUCGAAGAAGGCGGCUGCUGUUGGCAUUACAGCCGUCGUGGCCAGUCGCAUUGCCAUGGCUGCGCCUGGAAUGGUGCUAACACCAUUGUUGAUACAAUCGCUGGAAAAACGUGGCUUCCUCAAACGCUUCCCCAAAGCAAGCGCCCCUAUUCAAACGCUCUUCUGCGGCUUCGUCUUGAUAUUCGCCACACCGCUGGGCUGUGCAUUCUUCAGUCAGCGCGCCGCAAUUGGCGUGGAGCGCUUGGAAGAUGACGUGCAGCAAAACAUUAAGCAGCACAAUGCCGAGCUUACCGAAGUAUGGUUCAACAAAGGCUUGUAAGCCGUAGGCAGCUUUAUUGCGUAUAUGUAUCUCUUGGAUACUCUGCAUUUUGAAAGGACAAUAAUAAAUUCCAUUUAGUUUCUGUUAAGAAGCUCACAUUGUCGUGAGCAAUUGUGUUAGCGAAAAAAAGUAUAAUGACUUGGCAUUUAUAUGUAAUUAAUUAAUAAUUUACAUAGUUAUUCGCGAUUGUAACUGUACUUUAGAUAUUUUGCGGUCAUUUGGCAAACGUUUAUCUUAAACAUGCUUUGCAGCAUUGUAAAGAAAUACCUCAUUUAAGAAAUGUUCAUGCUUAAUGAUAAUUUACUUAAUACUAAUUUAGUGUGUUCUCUUCAUAUUUUAAAUGUAUUGUACAGGAAAUUUGUUUGAAAUCGAACAAAAAACUGUGUAACGUAGAUAUGUUAUUGCAUACAAAAAUAAAGACUAUUUUUGAAUCCAUGUAA